AUGCUGUGAAACAUCUGAAAAAAACUCGACUCUUCAAUAUCUCUUUAAUACAUGUUUAUGCAUUUAUUAAUUUAGUUGUCUUAUUGUAAAUAUUCUGGUGGCUGACGAAAAUGUUAGAUCUGGAGCUGUCAACUGGUGCAGAUAAUGUGGUUGAACAAAUCGAAAAACUCCCUGCAGAUAUGAUCGCAGAAACUCUUCAGGCGAUCCUGGUUUAUCUUCAGGAUCAGAACAGAGCAGUAGAUUUGAUUGAAACUUCUGAUAAAUAUCAAAGAGCUGGGAUAAACCUUGAUCAGAAAGCUGUUCAAGAUAUUAUAAGACUGAUGUCAUACUAUUUUAGGUUAGCCGCAAAGAGCAAUCUCAGUGCUGACGUUCUGGUCAGUAAAUUGUCAAAAUGCAGCAGUAAAUGGUCCAAACCAACCCUGCAACUGGUGCAGCAGCUUUGGGCAGAAAACGGUGCUCUUUUACAGGCACAUCAGGAUCUCCUGACAAUGGCUAGUAUCGGGCAGCUUGUAGAUAUCCAGUGGAAACUUGGCAUGGCUGUAAGCUCAGAUUCCUGUCGAUCCCUCAACUCCCCAAUCAUUUCUGUUCUCAUGAAAAUCGCCAACACGUCAGGCGAGGUGUCAUAUAAAUCUUUCGAGAUGACAGUUCCACAGUUUCAGAACUUCUACAGACAAUUCAAGGAAAUGUCCUCCGUUUUAGAGACUGUUUAAUAUUAGUCUGAUUUUUGUAGCUGUGUGUGUGAACCAUUCUUUCUUGGACAAAUAACAACAUUUAAAAGGUUUUAACAUAUAAACAUAUAUUCACUGUCAACCUUUAACAUGAAUUGAUACUGUCAACAAAAUAAAAUGCUUUUGAAAGUUAUUAUUAAAUAAUGGUAUGGCAAUGCAAAA